AUGGAGCUGCAGGAGGACGGCAGCGCCGAGGCCGCCGUGGCCAUCGACAUGCUGCUGAUCGUGCACCCGGAGGAGCGGCCGCCGCCGCCGCGGGCGCGGGCCGAGCCGGGCGCCAGGCUGCAGCCGCUGCAGCAGCGCCGAGCAGAAUUCCAAGGUGUCAAAAAUGGAAUCCGGAAGUGGCAGACAUCAGAAGAAAAUGACUUCCAAGAAAGCCUGGCGGAGAAGCAGCACCCUCAGCAGCCACAGGUCAUCACCGCCUAUGACAACCAAGGGACGCAGCUCACGGUGGAAGUCCACCCCUGUGAUGCCAUGCCCCAGCUCCUCAAGAAGUUUUCUUUGGCCAAACGUUUGCAAGGUGACAAAAAUGGAAACACCCGACCCCGGCAGCCUGGAGGAAAAGAUGCCCAUGCCUAUCCUUGGGACAAGUCCAGUCUCAAAUCCAUGCCUCUGGACCUCAGGAAGUUUGAAAAACUGGACACCUAUGCCUCACAGGUGACGGUCAAGAGUAGCCUGGAUGAGCUGGUGCGUGACCUGCUUCAGGAAGCGCAUAGCGAUCUAGAAAGAGUCCGCGCCAUUUGGAUAUGGAUCUGCUACCACAUAGAGUAUGACAUUGAGGCUGCUCAGGAGAAGAAUCGCCGAGCCUUCAAACCUACGAGCAUCCUGAAGACCAAGAAGACCAAUUGUGAUGGCUACGCUGGUCUCUUUGAAAGAAUGUGCAGGAUUGCUGGAGUACAAUGCAUGACGGUGGCCGGCUACUCCAAGGGCUUUGGCUACCAGAUAGGUCAGAGCUUCUCCGGGGAGUUUGACCACGCCUGGAACGCCGUGUUCCUGGAGGGGAGAUGGCACCUACUGGACCUCACCUGGGGCAGCGGCCUGGUGAACACCACCACCUCCAAAUUCACCUUCCUCUACAAUGAAUUCUACUUCCUCACCCAUCCCGCACUGUUCAUCGAGGACCAUUUCCCAGACAACAAGAACUGGCAACUACUGAAACCCCCUCAGUCCCUGAGGCAGUUUGAGAACAACAUGUAUCACAAGAGCGAGUUCUACAACAAAGGGAUGCUCAGCGCUCGCCCAGACACCUCCAUAAUCAGAACAGUGAACGGGAAGGCCACGAUCACCAUCGAGAGCUGCGCCCCGACGCUGUUCAUGUUCAUGCUCAAUGGCAAACAGGAGCACGGGCUGCUGAGCCUGAAGAAGAACGGGAUGAGGCUAGAGGUGUACCCUCCCACCACGGGCACCCACAAGCUCCAGAUCUUCGCCAAGGGUGACUCCGACAUCUACAGCUCCGUGCUUGAGUACAUCAUCAAGUGCAACUAUGUGGAUCUGGGUGUCCGGCUGCCAACCGAGCUUCACCAGCCGGUGGGCCCCAGCUGGUUCUCAGAGCAGAUGGGCAUCAUGAAACCCUCCCAUCCUGACCCCAUCAUCCAUACCAGUGACGGGCGCUGCUCCAUCAGCUUCCGCCUGGGGGAAGGGAUCAGCAUCCUGGCGUCCUUACACGGAGAUGACAGUCCCAUCACCGAGGAGACGCAGAGGCGUUACAUCUUCCAGGUGCAGAGAGAGAAGCGGACAGAGUUCAAAGUCCAGCUGCCCCACGCCGGCAAGUUCGCUUUCAAGAUCUUCGUCAAGAAGAGGAAGGAGCCGGGCAAUUAUAGCUUUGUCUUCAAUUACCUCCUGUGCUGUGCCAACACCAAGGUGAACUGGCCCGUGUUCCCUGAGAUCUUCGGCAACUGGGCGCAGGACAAUGAGCUGCUAGAGCCUCUGUCCGGCGUGCUGCCUGCCAAUCGGAACAUCCCAUUCAAACUGAAGCUGCCCGGUAUUGCCAAAGCCCUGGUGAAGGGGCGGGACACGUGGCCCUUGACCCUAAACCGCGAGGGUUACUGGGAGGGCUGCUGCAGCACAGCUGGCUGUCAGGAAAUGUACAUCAUGGUGCUGGAGAACGCCAACCACAACUUCUACUCCUACAUCCUGAAAUAUCAAGUGAACACGCAGUGAAGGACUGCACCCCACCUUCUUAAGAGGCCAGGGCCAAUCCUCUCCCAAGGAGGGUUCCAGAGAAAUACAGAGAGCCCCAAGCACUCACCUCUGAUCUGCACGAACCACUUCCAGGCCUCUGGCUUCUGUUUCCCUGUCACUGCCGCACGUGAGCUCCGGGGUGACUGUGUCCUAGGUUGUUUUAACCCCGUGCGGCCCUGGCUGAGGAGACGAGAGACAGAAAGACCCUUGGGAUGAAAACGGUGCUAUGUAAAUCCAAGGUAAUUGUGACCUGGACAUCCCCCGUGCGUGGCUGUCCCUUCUCUCGUAGUAGUGCUGUCGUGGUUGUAGGGUUGAUGGAGAGAACCCGUCCAGGCUGCCAGCUUGGUUGUGAUUCGUUCGGAGAGGAGCAUACUUCACAAGUCCCAAGUUACCAGUGAAUCAGAGAGCCCCUUCCGAAGAGCAUGCUUGUGGUUUGGUUUUGUUUUGUUUUCCUCUUCCUGGGGAUGUUGGACCUGACCGUCUUCCACUUUCCACUGUCUCUUCAUUAGCCACUGUCUGCUCUUCACAAGUUCUGCAUUUAUAAAGAAAAGAAGAAGAAGGGAUGCAGAGGAAGUUAGGUGCCCCACAGCUAGCUAGUAGGCUACAAGCUGAGCAUCUCCAUGAGUUACUGGAAAAGUGACAAG